AAUCCUUUGUAAGAACAUCGUAUCACAACGAAUAGCGCGUUUUAUCUGAUAUAUGAUCACUUACCACACCUUCUGGACCGUUUACGUGUGAAAAAUGAAGAAUCAAAGCAAACCCAUCUUCAUCAUUUCUUGUUUUCUUUUAUUUAUUCUUUUUUUAUUCACACAUUCCACAUCAGUCACAGCUCAAGAAGUUGAGGAUGAGAGGAAUUUUGAUUAUAUUGAAGGGAGCAAGAAGGGGCCAGCUUUCUGGGGAGAUAUUAAGAGAGAGUGGGCAGCAUGUAAAAAUGGACGCUUGCAAUCUCCCAUAGAUUUAUCAAGUCUGAGGGUUACAACAAUCCCAAGCUUGGUGGGGCUAAAGACGACAUACAAGAGUUCUAACGCGACUCUCAAGAAUAGAGGCCAUGAUAUUAAGAUGUAUUGGUGGGUGCAGCUGGAGUGGGCAGGCUAUUCAGGAUCGAUCGAGGUCGAUGGCAUUGAGUAUCACCUCCAACAAAGUCACUGGCACUCACCCUCCGAGCAUUCCAUCAAUGGCAGGAGGUAUGCCAUGGAGCUCCACAUGGUUUAUCAAAGCCCGGAUCCGAAAGUGGAAAACAAUGUUGUUGUUGUUGGUGUCCUUUACCAGAUUGGUCGCCCAAAUGCCUUCCUUUCUAAGUUGAUGAGGGAUGUAGCAUUCAUGACUGACGAAAAGACAGAGAGGAGCAUUGGGGUGAUUGAUCCUGCUGAAAUAGUCCAACUGAAUGGCAACAACUACUACAAAUAUAUCGGCUCGCUCACCAUCCCUCCCUGUACUGAAGGCGUUAUUUGGAUCAUCAGCAAACAGUUAGGGACAGUUUCAAAAGAACAAAUAGAUCUUCUUCGAGCGGCUGUGUAUGAUUACGCAGAGAUGAACGCAAGGCCAGUGCAACCACUCAAUCUGCGAAAGAUAUUCUCUUUCUAUGGCAAAAAUGCCAAGAACAAACACAAUUGACGAUAUCAGAGAGUUCAUACGUAACUGAAAAUAGCGGAUUCAAAAAUAAAAUUAACUCACAUGAUAUUGACGUCUUGGUCUAUAUCUGAUCUGCAAGAAUAAAACAUGUUUUAAAAAUGUAGCUUCUGAAUAAUUAAAUACGAUCAUUUAUCCGUGUUAUAGGUAAGCCGUACUGCCUAUAUAUAUAAUACAUAAUGUGAUCAUUUAUCCAUGUUAUAUUUACGCCA